AUGCGUAUACGUAUGUUGACCACAAAUUACAAGCAGAGCUUCAUCAACGAUCAUUGCAAGGAGAGCUACUGCAAUCCCUGCGGUUUUUCCUCUAGACCACAAAUUACAAGCAGAGCUUCAUCAACGAUCAUUGCAAGGAGAGCUACUGCAAUCCCUGCGGUUUUUCCUCUAGCUCUAGUUCUGGGCGUGACAAAGGAUGGUCUUCCAAAUCAGCCGGAAUCCCCAAACAUCUAUUGUACAAUGUUAGCAUUGGAAUUCCAUAGUGCAAACUCUUAUCCUCAUAACAUUUUUAUUUGCGUUUGUAGGAGCGUCUGA